GACUACAAGCCGGGCGAAAAGGUGGAGGCAGUUUUCGAGGAUGAUGGCAACUGGUACCUGGCUGACGUGGUCAAGAAGAACGAUGAUGGCUCUUUCACUGUGAAGUGGGACGACCCCGAUGGUGGCCCGGAGGAGUCCCAGGUGCAGCCUAAGGAGAUGAAGUAUCCGCCCAUCCCAGUCGCCGAUCUUGUGGUUGGAGACAAGUACACAGGUACAAUCAAGACGGUGUUGGACUUCGGAGCCUUCGUCGACAUCGGUGCAGAGGGUGACGGUCUUCUCCAUAUCUCCAG